CUCUACAUAUAUAAAUUCAUGUCACUACAACCAUGUUUACGCACAUAUUUUGAUACAUCAUAUUCCAAAUCAAUAUCUAUGUCAAAAGAAGGGAUUAAUCUAUCGAUGAACGUAAAUGGUCAGUCGAAGGUGCCUCCAGGGUUUCGCUUCCACCCGACAGAAGAAGAGUUACUUCAUUAUUACUUGAGGAAGAAGGUUGCUUGCGAAACGAUUGAUCUUGAUGUUAUUCGAGAGGUUGAUCUUAAUAAGCUUGAACCUUGGGACAUCCAAGAUAAAUGCAAUAUAGGCUCCACCCCUCAGAAUGAUUGGUACUUUUUUAGUCACAAAGACAAGAAGUAUCCGACUGGGACCCGAACGAAUCGCGCCACAGCCGCUGGUUUCUGGAAAGCCACCGGACGAGAUAAGGUGAUACAUAGUAGCCUUCAUAGAAUUGGGAUGAGGAAGACCCUUGUGUUUUACAAAGGGAGGGCACCUCAUGGCCAGAAAUCUGAUUGGAUUAUGCAUGAAUAUAGGCUUGAUGAUAAUAUCAUUCCAACCCAAGAUUCAACUGCACAUUCUAGCUUGUGCGACUCAUGUGCUCAUGAAGAAGGAUGGGUGGUAUGCCGCGUGUUCAAGAAGAAAAACUACCACAAAUCCUUCGAUAUUCCCCAUCGAUCGUUAAACAAAGAUAGUGUUCUUGAACAACUACUCAUGUACAUGGAUGGUAGCCACUCUUGCAAGCAAGAAAUUGAGAAUUUUAACACCACCCAAGAUGAUAUGCAACAAUUCAUGAACCCUAUGAUCAGCGACCAAUUCGCUCACCUCCCGGGACUUAACAGUCCCACGAUGACCACAUCUCCUCCUGUGAGCUCAACCACUUUCGACCAAGGGCCAAGUCUCAAGAACUAUAAUUCCAUGUGUGAUGAUUUUGAUCAGUGUAAUAAUUGGGCAGAUGUAGACAGGUUUGUGGCUUCCCAGCUUGAUGGCCAAAUGGAGGAAGCCAAACACUUAUCCGACGAGAACUUGUGUAAUUUCUCUGUUGAUCACCAUAAUGUGACGGAUCUUUCGGGGUCUAACGAGGUAGAUGUUUGGAGUUUAGGUAGGCGAUCAUCGCUUGAUCCGCUAUAUAACUUGUCGGUAUAAUGUUUAUAUGUUUUAAGGAUACCAUAUACGAUGUAAUGUAAUAUAUA